GCCGCCGCAAACGAGGAAGGAUUCUCUGGUAGUCGACGAACCAUUUUUCUGUCGUCAAACGGAUCAAGCUUUUUGUGAGACUUGGAUCGAUCACAAAAAGCGGGAUUCGCUUUUCGCAUAGGAAUUGGCCUGCCACUGGAGCCAGCUGAUUUGUGAAAGUCGUUCGGAAAAUUGCAGUCUCACCAUCCACUGACGUACAUUUUCGAAGAAUUCAAUGGAGGAAAAUACGAUGGAUGAAUUGCGACAUUCGCAGCAAGUUGGACCCAAUAUGAUGGUCGGUGGUGUUGUUCCUAACCACUCGGCCAAUCCUGGGAGAACUCGUGGUAGAACACGAGUGACAAUGCACGCUUUGAUGUCAGAAGCAUUGCCACUGGAUGAAGCCGCGAGAUUGGAGAUGAAGGCCUUGCCUGGCAAAACUCCUGUUUCUGUGCUUCAGGAAUUGUUGUCGCGUAGGGGUACGACUCCAAAGUAUGAGCUGGUGCAGAUUGAAGGCGCCAUUCAUGAGCCGACGUUCCGCUACCGAGUCACCGUUGCUGAUGUCGUUGCCCAUAAGGACUUUGCGAUUGAAGCAGAUCCAAUCGUUUCAGCAAUGGGGACCGGCAGGUCCAAAAAAGAGGCAAAACACGCAGCUGCCAAGGCUGUUCUGGACAAAUUGAUCGGUGUCAAUACUGAUACUGCUGAGGCUCCUCUUCCUAACAGUAUCCCGGAUUCCCAGAGCUUGCAAGAACUGCAGGGAAAUUACGGCGAGGAGAAAGUGAUCAAUAAUCCCAUCGGUUCUUUGCAAGAGAUGUGUAUGUCUCGACACUGGCCUCCUCCGAAAUAUUCCAUGGAAGGCGAAGAGGGUCUACCUCACGAGAGGCAAUUCACUAUCGUCUGCUCGAUUCUGAAAUAUCGCCAGGUCGGCCAGGGCAAAAGUAAGAAACUCGCCAAAAGACAAGCGGCUCAUAAGAUGUGGCAGGCUCUACGCGAUUCGUCCGAGCAAACUCAGGUUGCUCCUGAUGAAGAUGAGAUUGUCCAAAGAAAUGCGAAUUUAAGUGCUCGAUAUGCUGAUCUUAAAGAAAGCAAAAUCUCGACUCUGACAACCGGCCACAGUCAUAAAGUCUCGCAAUUUCACAAGAACCUUAAAUCUUCCACUGGUGUUAAACUUUACGAGCUACAGAACACUUGUCUGAACGACGGGGAUGUGAAUUUGGUGCAGUUCUUACAGGAAAUUGCUUCUGAGCAGCAGUUCGAGGUGACUUAUGUGGAUAUUGAAGAGAAAUCGAUCAGUGGAAAGUGCCAGUGUCUCGUGCAGUUAUCAACUUUACCAGUGGCCGUCUGCUAUGGUUGCGGUGUGACCAGUAAAGAUGCUCAAGCCAGUGCUGCUCAGAACGCUCUCGAAUAUUUGAAAAUAAUGACCAAAAAGUGAGCCAGCGCUUUGCUCCUGUCAAUCGUCUCCACCAACAGUAAGACCAGUAACACCUUACUUACAAAAACUCAGAAUAACAUCACCGACUCUAAAGUUUACGGCACUAGUAAAGUUCGAUCAACAAAGUCACAAAUCAGAUCCGUGAACAGUCCAUUGAGAACUAAAGACACCUCAUCAAACCACACGAUUACAUCCACACGAAUUAGGAUUAAUGGCACGACCGAUAAUCUAAAACCAAAUAUCUCGAAUCACUCUUUCGGCAAUCUUCACGGUAUCAACAGCACCAGCAGCAAUCCGUCCCAUGAUCACUCCAAGUCGAAAGACUUUGUCCCCCGAAAGUUGAUCGAGUCGGAUCCGAUAAUAAAAUCCCAAUACAAAGAAUCCGCGAAUCAAGACAAAAA